AUGUAUUUGCGUCUGCUCAUUUUCUGCAUCGGAAUUUCACAGUUGAACGAGAUUGCUCAUGACGGUAUUACCAGAAACGAGAUUGCUUAUGACAAAACAGACGAAAAUAUAGAACGAAAAAUAGCGGAGUCAAACAGUGAUACAGUGAAAACAAGAGAAGAUGAGCAAAUUUAUUUGGGAAAAUUUGUAGCUGUUCUCAAUCCUAUUCAAGUGUCUGCAAAAUGUGUUCUUGAUUUAAUAGAUGAAAGCAGGAAAUUUCAUGUCACGUGUGCUUUUACAAUCCUUAUUGCUGGCUGUUUCCAUUCAGUUGCUCACAUCAUUAACGCUGUGAACUUUUCUGCUCAUUAUAACUCUGUUUAUAAAGAUGUAAAUGUGGCAAACUUUAAAGGAGAAGAUCCUCUGAAUUCAGUAAUUAAAACAGUUCCAGGUAUUACAGGAAUUCUCAUGAUUGUCAUACUUUGUAUACUUUCUUCAACUGCUGUAAAAUACGUUAGGAUUGUGAGCUACGAUUUAUUUUGGUACAGUCAUCAUCUUUUCUUGAUCUUCUUUAUUCUUCUGCUCAGCCAUCCAAUGAGUGGACUGUUGAAAGAACAGAACAAUGUACUUACACAUCCACCGGGAUGCAAAAUGAAUGUAUCCGAUACGAUGGAAAAAUAUUCCUUACAGAUAUAUCAAAUAUGUACAGAACCCGUCUUCAUUUCUCAGAAAUCAAUGACAGUCACAUACCCACGGCUCCAGUUUAAGGAAGAAUCAUAUGAAGUGGAUUUUCAGUCUACGAUAAUUUUAAUUACAUGACAUCUUUAAGCAAAAAUGCAGG